UAUAUGUAAAUCGUGUAAAUAGCAGCGCGGCGAGAGCCGCCGGAGACAGGAAACAAGAUGUUGGAUGAGAAAAAAAGCUUACAGAAGAAAAAGAUGGCCGAUAACCCAACUGAAGAUCGCCGGAAUAGAGAGAAAACAAGCACUGAAGAGAAGAGUAGUGGGAAUAUGAAUGCAGAGCAAGGAGAAGGUCAUGGUGCAGAUUCCCCAACUGAAUCACUAAAAACCAUCUCUGAUGAUGAGGAAAUAGACUAUUCUGUGAAACCGGAGUUUUAUGAUGCACAUCUGGAUGACAAGGAUGAAUCGUGGGCUCAAAAGCAAAGAAGAGGUCGCACAUCUGAUGCUGUACUUAGCUGCCCUGCCUGUUUCACAAGUCUUUGCUUCGAGUGUCAGAGGCAUGAAAAGUACCUGACUCAGUACAGGGCGAUAUUCGUGAGGAACUGCAAGAUUAAGAAACAUGAAAUAGUACAUUCAGACAACAAUACUCAUAAAAGAAAGAGGGGAAAAGGCAGUAGUAGUCUUGUUGGAGAGGCUAAUGGUGAAGCCGUAAGGCCUGUUUGUUGCUUAGUAUGCUCAACUGAGGUUGGUGUUAUUGACGAAGACGAAGUCUAUCAUUUCUUCAAUGUCAUCCCUAGCGAGCCUUAGGUCAGUCACUGCUUCUUAUAACGGAUAUGAAGUUGAUUUUUGUUGUGAAUUAAUGUCUGCCAACAAUUUACUCAAAUAUUUAUAGUAUUAGUCUAUCUGUAGUAAAUACUUUAUUCUUCUUGGAGAAUCAAAACAGUUUAUUGUGUUUACUGAGGUUAUGUACUAAUUGAUUGCCACCAAUCUUACCCUA